AUGAAAUGUCGAGGGACGACGUUAAAAAAGCAAGAAGAAGGAAAGUACGACGAAAUCGUAGAGGCUCUCAAACAAUUAAAAGCAAGGGUAGAUUCAGAUGAAAGCUCCAGUGGUUCGGGAGAUUCUGAUUCUGAGAGCGAAUCCGCAUCAGAUGAACAACAAUCUAUACAGAUUGUAACUACUGCAGACGUCCAUACGACUCCAGAUAAUGCAUCAAAAAAUGCAGACUAUUAUUUUUUGGGAUUGAAACCAAAAUCAACAAACAUGGCUUCUGACCCCCUGCACGACGAAUUAGCCAUUAGAUGGACAAGCUAUCUUCAACAAGGUAUAGAUAAAGAUAAAAAGAACGAACUUUUGGAAAAAUAUCCGCUGCAUGCGAAUUGUCCUUUAUUAAAAUCAACAAUUUUGGUACCAGAAGAUGGAACAGGACAUGCAUUAGCAGCUUUGGGUUCUCAACUGAACAAACUAUUGGAAAAUCCAAGCGAGGAAUCCAAAGAAUUACUCACUGUGUUGGCAGAUGUUUCUCAAUUAGUCUAUAAUGUACAUCAUUCCAUUUCUACCCACAGAAAAUAUACCAUCAUGCCCUUUUUAAAACAAUCCGCAAGAAAGGUAAUAGAAAAAAGUAAGACCGAUGAAUUAUUGUUUGGAAAAGACUUCGUAUCUGACCUCAAAGCCAUUGACGCAGCCAAGAAGACAAGUUACGAAUUAAAGCCUACAAGGAGCUACAAAGGCUUUAUGUCAUCAAGAUCUAUGGCCCAUAAACAAUAUGACAAUACAAAUACUUCUCAAAAUAAGUAUUUAAACUGGAAGCGCCCGAAUCAAAAAUUCAGGAAGAAAUACACAGAAAAGAAGGACAAGACGGACAAGAAAUAUUACCACAGUCGCCGUUAG